AUGCAUCGAUUACCGAUUGGUUUUUUUGGUUCAGACGAUGAAGAUUAUAUUGAAACAAUAAAUUUAAAAUCAAUAUUACGUAAUAUAAUUAAAUUAUUAUUAAUUGUAAGCAUUAUUGAAAUGAUUACAAUAUUAUUAUAUUUUCUAACAUCUGGUGGUCAUAUUAUACGUUUAUUAAUGAAAAUUCCAUAUAUUUAUGAUUUUGAUUAUUCAAAACAAUUUUCCUUUAUAUCAUUAAUAAUUAUAUUGAUAAUAUCAACAAUAAUUAGUAUGAUUGGUUAUAUAUCAUUUCGUAGUCCAAUGAUUAAACAGAUUAUCGAUCCAAAUAUAUUGUUAACAAUCAAAAUUCAUCGAUUAUCCGAAUUAUCAAUGUUGAUUUUUGGUUUAAUAUUUCUUAGUUUAGUACCAAUUUUGUUUAUCUAUACAAUGAUGUUAUUUCGUUUUGCUAUCAAUCAACUAAUGAACACCUAUGCAAUAACAAAUAAAUUGGAUGAAACCAACAUGGUAAAAUUGAAAACCAAAUUAUCCGAUCUAAAUGAUCAAUUCAAAGAAAUAAUACCUUGUUUUUCAAUACCAUUAACAAUAACAUUAUCAUCAAGUAUAUUUACUGUAAUCAGUUCAGCUUGUUUCUUGAUGAUUUAUAAUGCAAACAAUAGUAAUAAUCUUUAUGUUGCAUUUGUUUGUAGUUUAGGUAUAUUUUCAUUUAUACGUUUAAUUAUUUUAGCUAGUUUUGGUAAUCUACCAACCAAUAUUUGUCAUGAUCUAAUACGUAUUGUAUAUGAAAAUCUUGAACAUUGGAGCCUACAUGAAUGGAUGUGUUUUAUGGAAUUAAAACGUUUACGUAAAGAAUUUAUUGUAUCAAUAUUUUCAAUGUAUACUGUACGACAAUCAUCCAUAUUGGCAAUGUUAGGUUUUGCAUUAAAUUAUAUUGUUAUUUUAUUACAAACGGAAAAUUUUUCCACUGGAAAUGAUAAUAAUAAUAAUAAUAAUAAUAACAAUAAUUAA